GAUGAAAAAGUUUCAGGUAAAAUAGAUGCAAGUGAUAAGAAGAAACUUGAAGAUGCUAUUACGGAAACCAUUACAUGGCUUGAAAACAAUCAAGAAGCUGAGAAGGAAGAAUAUGAACAUAAACAGAAAUCACUUGAAGAAAUCGCUAACCCAAUAAUGAUGAAACUUUAUGGCGGUGGUGCCGCCGGUGGACCUGGAGGUUUCCCAGGGGGUGCACCAGGAGGCUUCCCCAACGCUAGCGGUGCCCCAGGUUCUGAAGAAUCCGGACCAACGAUCGAAGAA